AUGGAAGUUUUCCCUGAGCAGCAGGAGGUCAGCCGUGAUUUGAGCCAAGAGGACUCUCGUGAACCUCCACACUUUAAAGAGGAACAGGAAGAACUGAGGAUCAGUCAGGAGGAAGAGCAGCUUCAAGGACUGGAGGAGGCUGAUAUCAUCAAGUUCACAUUUGAUCCUGCCCUUGUGAAGAGGGAAGAUGAUGAUGAUGAUGAUGAUGAUGACAAUGAUGGAGAGAAACCACAGUCCUCACAUCUUCAUGAAAACCAACUGAAGGAGAACAGUGACUCAGAGCAUUUGAAAACAGAACCGAGCCUUAAUAUAGAUAAUGUUUCAGUUCUUCAGUAUGAAGAGAAGUCACACUCUGAAUGUGAGACUGAUGACAGUAAUGACUGGGAAGAGACAAAUGAACCUCAGUCAGGUUUAAAGCAUCAGCAAAACACAGAAGUGUUUGUGAGUAACCAAGAAUGGAAUGAUGAUAAAACAUCAGGUAGCUACUCUGAAUGUGCUACAAGCUCUGACCAAAAGGAACAACAACUGAAACUCAAAGGAACCCAAGCUCAAGAGCAACCACUCAGUUGCACUGUUUGUGGUAAAAGUUUCACACAGAAGGCACAUUUGGAUUCACACUUAGAGGUUCACACAGGAGAGAAACUGUUUAGUUGUGAAGUUUGUAAUGCACAUUUUUUAUGUAAAGCUGAAUUAGAUGAACACAUGAGAGUUCAUACAGGUGAGAAACUUUUCAGCUGCUCUGUUUGUGGGAAAAGAUUUGCUCACAACAAAAUCAAGAGACACGUGAUAACUCAUACAGGAGAGAUAACUUUUAAUUGUUCAAUUUGUGGGAAAGAACUUGGGCAACAUGACGAUCCAAAGCACCACUUUGUUGUCCACAUAGGAGAGAAAUCCUUCAGUUGUGCCAUUUGUGACAGAAGUUUCCCACAGAAGGCAUACUUGAAGUCACACCUACAGAUUCAUGCAGGAGAGAAACCCUUUCGUUGUGCAGUUUGUAAAGCACAUUUUGUACGUUACACUUGCUUAGCCGUACACAUGAGAAUUCAUACUGGUGAAAAACCUUAUAGCUGCUCUGUUUGUGGGGAAAGAUUUGCUCACAACACCAUCAGGACACAUUUAAGAACUCAUACAGAAGAGAAACCAUUUAGUUGUUCAAUUUGUGGAAAAAGAUUUGAGUUACAUGACAAUCUAAAACGUCACUCGAUUUUCCAUAAAGGAAAAAAAUCCUUCAUCUGCACCAUUUGUGGUGCAAGUUUUACACACAAGGCAUAUUUAAAUUUACAUCUAAAGGUUCACUCUACUGAGAAAUUAUUUCGAUGUUCUGUUUGUAAAGCACAUUUUUUGCGUGAAGCUGACUUAGAUGUACACACACAAGUUCAUACAGGUGAGAAACCUUUCAGCUGCUCUGUUUGUGGGAAAAGAUUUGCUCACAAAAUCAUCAAGAAACACAUGAGAACCCAUACAGGAUUUAAGACAUUUAGUUGUGCAAUUUGUGGGAAGGAAUUUGGGCAACAUGACAAUCUAAAACGCCACUUGAUUUUCCACACAGGGGAGAAGCCCUUCAGUUGCACCAUUUGUGGUAAAAGUUUUAUACUAAGGGCAUAUUUGAAGUCACAUCUCCAGGUUCACACAGGAGAAAAACUCUUUAGUUGUGCAGUUUGUAAUGCACGCUUUUUACGUAACACUAACUUAGGUGUACAUAUGAGAGUUCAUACAGGUGAGAAACCUUUCAGCUGCUCCGUUUGUGGGAAAAGAUUUGCUCACAACACUGUCAAGAAACACAUGAGAACCCAUACAGGAGAGAAACCAUUUAGUUGUUCAAUUUGUGGGAAGGGAUUUGGGCAACAUGGCCAUCUAAAACGCCACCUUAUUCUCCACACAGGAGAAACUCUUUAG